ACAACUUCAGCGCAGGAUGGAGCUCACAUCAAUCUGCCUAAUGCUCUCCACACUGAGCAUCACUCCAGACAGAUCCCAGUUCUUCCAGUAUGAACAGAUUUCUCUGAAUUGCGCUGCAAACUCCAGCGGCUGGACGGUGAAGAGAAACACUGACAUUAGGUCUGCUCAGGCCUGCAAGCAUGGCUGGGGUAUCCCGGGUGAGUCCUCCUGCACCAUCGAGAACGCCCUCCCAUCGGACAAGGGCAUGUACUGGUGUGAAUCUGAGCAGGGAUGCCGCAGCAACACCAUCAACAUCACAGUGACCAAUGAUGACGUGAUCCUGGAGAGCCCUUCACAUCCAGUGACGGAGGGAGAUGAAGUGACGCUUCACUGCUCCUACAAAGAAGAAGACCAUCAUAAAUCCACGUCAAACUUCUCUGCUGCGUUCUACAAAGGCCAUGUUUACAUCGGGACAGAAAAUACAGGAACGAAGACCUUACGGGUGUCUAAAUCUGAUGAAGGCUUCUACAAGUGUAUUCACCCUUCAAAAGAAGAGUCGCUGCAGAGCUGGCUGACAGUGAAAGCCAGAGAUCAGACUGCAGUUGUUCCCACCAGUCCUCCUACUCCUCCUUUGAUGUCCUCAACCAGGCUGAUCCUUUGUGUCCUGCUGUUCAUCCUCUACAACAUCAUUUUCAUAGUUUGCCUGUGCAUAUACCGAAAGGUGACGCGAGCCAGCGCUGAUGCUAAACGAAGAACUUCUGAUGAGUGAGGAUUCUGGUUUCCUGCCACAAAACACAAGAAGAUGAACUUUAACAAUGCAAAUCUAAAUCAAACAGCCUGUUUAUAUUCUGAGCAGUCUUAUAGAAAAUAAGUUAAUAUCUUUUCUCUAUUUAACCUAUAUUUACAUUUCUGUAUUAUGCUAUUUUUUAUGUUUUAAAACAGGGGAAAAUGUCUAUUUUUAAUGCUGAAAAAUAUGUCUAUUUUAGUAAAGAGCAUCUGUUGUGCAGAUUUGAGCAGCACUGGCGUGGACAGGAUUUCUUUCCAUAAAGCGACAAAGAAGCUGAACUUUUUGGAUAGCAUGGAUCAGUACAGCUGCAACAUUUAUUUAUUUAUUUUUUUUAGGACAUCAUCAUGGCUAUCGGCUAUCGACGGACACAACACGGGAUAGCUGGAGAAAUUAGGGCUUCAUAUUGUGUCGGGGUGCCGUCAAUGGAAAGCAUGCACAAGUCAAAAAACAGUAAAAUAAUAUCUCAUUAUUUUUGCUAAACUAUUAACUAUAUUUUACCGUUAUUCUUACUUUUGGGAGAAAAAAUCACAAAUGGCUUCUGAAUGAACAUUAAGAAUUGGAAGACGAGGAAAACUAGGUUGAAAACAAGAUAAAGGUAUGUGACUGAUUGUUGAGUCUGAUAGUCUUUCUUUCAAGAUUAAAGUCCUGUUUUGAUUAUAAAUAAAUGAACAUGAUCACAGCUGAGAACACCAACAAUGCCACCGUGUGGCGAAGGCAUAGCAGACAUGUUGGAUGUUCAAGGGAUAUUACAGGAAACCUUUACAUUUUUCAGUGUGUUCUCUCAACAAAGAAAAUGUUCCACCUUUACAGUUUUUCUCAAUUACACCUUGGAAAAUGUUAGUUUUCAUAGAGGAGUAUUGAUUUGGGAAUGGUUCAAUAUGAACCCUCAAGUUAUUGUGAUUUUUCUGUCUCCAUAUUCUCCCUUUCUGAAUCCUAUAGAACAAUUCUUCUCUACAUGGAGGUGGAAGGUUUAUGAGCAGCAGCCAUAGUUUGGUAAAAUCUUUUGCCAUCAAUGGUCUUGACAUGUGGUGAUGUUUCUGUUGAUGCAUGUUAGGGCUGGAUCAGACACAUUAGGUCCUUCUUUCCAGAGAAAAUGCAGCCUGUGAUGUAGAUGAAGUCCUGUGGCCUGACCCAGUAUGGAGAAAUGAUGCUGUGGCAGAGUAAUGCACUUCUUUUCUUUGUACUUCAUUUGUAAAUUUUUGUGUUUUAUUUUUACUUACAACUGCUACAUGUAAAUGCACAGGAUUUCUGUUUUUUUGCAGAUUCUUUUUUCUAUGUACAAGUGUUACAAAUGCCCAGGUAUUUUGUUUUGCACAUGCAUUUAGCCUAAAUAAACAUUUAUUUCUACCGCUUCA